GUUUUUCCAGCAGACCAUCUCCACGGUCAAAACACCUGUACUAAGUCUUCUGAAGGUGGGCCCUUCCUACGUGCUAAGGACCUGAACUGAACACAGAAACCUAAAUAGAGAGAGAAGAGCAAAUCAGAAACUACACAGAUCAUCCAGAACAUGAUCAGAAGAUAGCAUCGUACAUCAUGAUCAUGGCCCCCCGGAAGAGGAACCGUCAUGCGUUGGGGUUUCUUUGUUGUUUUGGGGGUAACGACCUCCCUGAAAUCAACCUCAAGGACAAUAACCCCCUCCAAUUCCUUGAGUUUUCUGUCCCAAUCCCACCAGCAGACGAGCUCAAUGCCAGAUUCUCCGAACUUGUGGAUGAACUGGAUCUCACAGACAAGAACAGAGAGGCUAUGUUUGCACUCCCUCCAGAGAAGAAAUGGCAGAUUUACUGCAGCAAAAAGAAGGAACAAGAAGAUCCUAAUAAGCUUGCUACCAGCUGGCCAGAUUACUACAUUGACCGCAUCAAUUCCAUGGCAGCCAUGCAGACUCUGUAUGCUUUCGAUGAAGAAGAAGCAGAAAUGAAAAAUAAAAUAGUUGAAGACUUGAAGACAGCUCUGCGGACUCAGCCCAUGAGGUUUGUGACCAGGUUUAUUGAGCUGGAUGGCCUGAGCUGUUUGCUGAACUUCCUGAAGAGCAUGGACUACGAGACCUCAGAGAGCCGUAUACACACAUCCGUUAUAGGGUGUAUCAAGGCACUGAUGAAUAACUCCCAGGGACGGGCUCAUGUCCUGGCUCACCCAGAGAGUAUCAACAUUAUCUCCCAGAGUUUACGGACUGAGAACAUUAAGACCAAGAUUGCUGUGCUGGAGAUCUUAGGGGCUGUCUGCUUGGUACCAGAUGGUCACAAGAAAGUCUUGCAAGCCAUGCUUCACUACCAAGUCUAUGCUGCAGAAAGGACAAGAUUCCAGACACUGUUGAAUGAGCUAGACCGGAGCAUGGGACGAUACCGAGAUGAAGUAAAUCUCAAAACAGCCAUCAUGUCCUUUAUCAAUGCUGUUCUGAAUGCUGGUGCUGGUGAGGACAACUUGGAGUUCCGAUUACACCUACGAUACGAGUUUCUAAUGCUAGGAAUUCAACCAGUCAUUGACAAGCUAAGAGGACAUGAGAAUGCCACACUGGACAGGCACUUAGAUUUCUUCGAGAUGGUCAGAAAUGAAGAUGACCUGGAACUUGCCAAGCGGUUUGACCUGAUCCACAUUGACACAAAAAGUGCCACUCAGAUGUUUGAGUUGAUCAAGAAGAGACUGAAGCACACAGACGCCUACCCCUAUUUGUUGUCCAUCCUCCAGCACUGCUUGCAGAUGCCAUAUAAGAGGAACGGAGGAAGCUUCCAGCAGUGGCAGCUGUUGGACAGAAUACUCCAACAAAUUGUUCUUCAGGAUGAACGAGGAGAUGAUCCAGAUACAGCUCCACUGGAAAACUUCAAUGUCAAAAAUAUCAUUAAAAUGCUGGUGAACGAAAAUGAAGUCAAGCAGUGGAGGGACCAGGCGGAGAAGUUUCGGAAAGAUCAUGCCGAGCUGAUGAGCAGGCUAGAGAAGAAGGAGCGGGAAUGUGAGACAAAGACCCAGGAGAAAGAUGAAAUGAUGAAGACACUGAACAAAAUGAAGGACAAGCUGCAGAAGGAAUCCUUGGAGCUGCGCCAGACCCGGGACCAGAUGAACGACCUGGUGGCUCAGCUUAACGAGUUCUCGCAAGGGGGCAGCAUUUCCUUCCCCCCACCCCCACCCCCACCUCCAGGUGGCCCAUUAGCUUUGUCCUCUUCUCAUAUGUCUGAGAAUUUGCCCCCACUGCCACCUCCUCUGCCUUUCUCCAGCUGUCCUCCUCCUCCUGCUCCACCACCUCCACCAGGAGGACCUCCUCCCCCACCAGGAGCACCGCCUUUCUUCAGCAUGGGGAUGCCACCCCCUUCAACAACCACCUUCAGCAGCAGUGGCACCAGCCUGAAGAAGAAAUCUAUCCCACAGCCUUCACACCCACUGAAAUCCUUCAACUGGGCUAAGCUGAGUGAGGAGAGGAUCCCUGGCACAAUCUGGAAUGAGAUUGAUGAUUUAAAGGCAUUCAAGGUGCUGGAUCUAGAAGAUUUUGAAAAGAUGUUCUCCGCUUAUCAGAGACACCAGGACCUGCUAACUAACCCCUCCUCCUGUAAGCAGAAAGAGAUGGGUUCAACAGAAGAUCUCUACCUCUCCACACGAAAAGUGAAAGAGCUCUCUGUGAUUGAUGGCCGGAGGGCUCAGAAUUGUGUCAUUCUCCUUUCCAAGCUGAAGCUGUCUAAUGAAGAAAUCAGACAAGCAAUCUUGAAGAUGGAUGAACAAGAAGACCUAGCGAAAGACAUGCUUGAGCAGCUGCUGAAGUUCGUUCCUGAAAAGAGCGAUACCGACCUGUUGGAGGAGCAUAAACACGAAAUUGAGCGCAUGGCCCGGGCGGAUCGUUUCCUCUUUGAAAUGAGCAGGAUUGACCACUAUCAGCAGCGGCUGCAAGCACUAUUCUUUAAGAAGAAAUUUCCAGAGAGACUGGCAGAAGCCAAACCAAAAGUGGAAGCCAUUCUUCUGGCAUCCAAAGAACUCAUCCGAAGCAAGCGUUUGAGGCAGCUCCUGGAGGUGGUUCUGGCCUUUGGGAAUUAUAUGAACAAGGGCCAAAGGGGAAGUGCUUAUGGUUUCAAAGUCUCCAGCCUGAACAAAAUUGCAGACACCAAAUCCAGCAUAGACAGGAACAUUACACUGUUGCACUACUUAAUUAUGAUUUUUGAAAAGAAUUAUCCAGAUAUCCUAGAUAUUCAGUCUGAGUUGCAGCAUCUUCCAGAAGCAGCAAAAGUCAACCUGGUAGAGCUGGAGAAGGAAGUCAACAACAUAAAGACCGGAUUGAAAGCUGUUGAAGCUGAACUGGAUUAUCAGAAGAGACGCAUGCGGGAAUCGGGGGACAGGUUCGUUCCCGUCAUGAGCGAUUUCAUCACUGUGGCCAGUUUCAGCUUCUCAGAGUUAGAAGACCUUCUCAACGAGGCUAGAGACAAGUAUGCCAAGGCACUGAAGCAUUUUGGAGAGAGCGAGGGCAAGAUGCAGCCAGAUGAAUUUUUUGGCAUCUUCGACACUUUCUUACAGUCAUUUGCAGAGGCCAAGCAAGAUCUGGAGAAUAUGAGGAAGAAAAAGGAAGAAGAGGAGCGCAGGGCACGCAUGGAGGCCAUGCUAAAAGAGCAGAGGGAAAAAGAGAGGCGGCAAAAGAAGGCAAAAGCUGGAAACAUCUCUGAAGAGAGUGGGGAGUUUGAUGACCUGGUAUCAGCAUUAAGGUCGGGUGAAGUCUUUGAUAAAGACUUAUCCAAGCUCAAGCGUAACCGCAAGCGUUCAGGGAACCAAGGCUUAGAGACAAGCCGGGAGCGGGUGGUGACAAAGCUAAAUUAUUAA